GAACUGCCCGCAGCCUCGGCCCCUUCCCAGAGCGACUUUCAAACUCGCGCUCGCGUUGCGGCUGCAUCUGGGUGGCUUCGCGCGCCUGGUGUUCCGGACCUGGCGAGGCGACCACUGCUCGUUUUCCCUAGGUUUGACCCUUUGUCUGUCCCGCCCAGAACCUCCCGGGAGCGUCCCCGCCAGGCAGCGAUGCCAGGAUGCCCGUCUCCACUUCCCUCCGCCAGGAUGGCAGCCAGGAGCGGCCCGUGAGCCUGACCUCCACCACCUCCUCAUCGGGCUCCUCCCGUGACAGCCACGGGGCCAUGGAGGAGCCCAGUGGCUCCGAAACAUCGGCCGAGAACGGGGCGGGCUCCCCGCGCGCCCGCCGUCACCCCAACAGCAACAACAACUCCAGCAGCUGGCGGAACAUGAGGGGCUCCCUGUCCCCAUUCAACAGCCGGGCCUCGGUGGCGCCUGCGCACAAGCUGAGCUACCUGGGCCGAGUGGUGCGGGAAAUCGUGGAAACCGAGCGCACAUAUGUGCAGGACCUGCGCAGCAUCGUAGAGGACUACCUCUUAAAGAUCAUUGACACGCCUGGGCUGCUGAACCCAGAGCAAGUCAGCGCCCUCUUUGGGAAUAUAGAGAGCAUCUACGCGCUAAACAGCCAGCUACUCCGAGACCUGGACAGCUGCAAUAGCGACCCCGUGGCUGUGGCCAGCUGCUUUGUGGAAAGGAGCCAAGAGUUUGAUAUCUAUACCCAGUAUUGCAACAACUACCCCAACUCCGUGGCCGCCCUGACGGAGUGCAUGCAGGACAAGCAGCAGGCCAAGUUCUUUCGGGACCGGCAGGAGCUGCUGCAGCACUCGCUGCCCUUGGGCUCCUACCUCCUGAAGCCUGUCCAGCGCAUCCUCAAGUACCACCUGCUCCUCCAGGAAAUCGCCAAACAUUUUGACGAGGAGGAGGAUGGCUUUGAGGUGGUGGAGGAUGCCAUUGACACCAUGACCUGCGUGGCCUGGUACAUCAACGACAUGAAGAGGAGGCACGAGCAUGCCGUCCGGCUCCAGGAGAUUCAGUCUCUACUCAUCAACUGGAAGGGGCCAGACCUGACCACCUACGGGGAGCUUGUCCUGGAGGGCACGUUCCGCGUGCACCGUGUGCGCAGCGAGAAGACCUUCUUCCUCUUUGACAAAGCCCUGCUCGUCACCAAGAAGAGGGGUGACCACUUUGUCUACAAGGGUCACAUCCCGUGCUCCUCCCUGAUGCUGAUCGAAAGCACCAGAGAGUCUCUGUGCUUCACCGUCACCCACUACAAGCACAGCAAGCAGCAGUACAACAUCCAGGCCAAGACGGUGGAGGAGAAGCGGAGCUGGACUCACCACAUCAAGAGGCUCAUCCUGGAGAACCACCACACCACCAUCCCCCAGAAGGCCAAAGAAGCCAUCUUGGAAAUGGAUUCCUAUUAUCCCAGUCGGUACCGCCACAGUCCAGAGCGCCUGAAGAAGGCCUCCCAGGAUGAGGUGUCCGGCCACAUGCACCAGGGGCGCCGGCAGUCUGAGCCUGGUCAGCCUCUGUUCAGCCGGGCAACACUCCCCAGCAGGCGGCGAGGCUUCGUGAUGCCAGGCCUUAAGGGCCGUAGAAAGUCGGAGCCAUCCAGGCACCUGCUCAGACAACUCAGCGAGAAAGCCAGAGCAGCAGGAAUGAAGCAUGCGGGCAGUGUUGGCACUCUCCUGGACUUUGGACAGCCCCCCCGUGCUGGGGGCCUGCCGUCGGAGGCUGAAGGGGCUGCCCGGGAGGAACAGGAGGAGGAGGAGGAGGUGGUGGAGGAGGAGGAGGAGGAACAGGCCUUUCAGGUCUCUCUGGAGGACCUGGCAGGGCAUGAAGGCAGCGAGAAGGGGGCCAGGCCAGAGCCCCCAGGCUCGGAGGAGGAGGAGGAGGAGGAGGAGAGCCUGGCAGUGGCGGAGCAGGUAGCCGACUUUGCCAGCUCCCUACUGGCCGCCCUCCACUGCUGGCACUAUCGGGCCAACGCUUUACUUUUCUCCCGGGGCGCUAUGGAGAAGGGGCGCAGGGAGUCUGAGGACCCUAAGAGCUACAGAAGGCCCAGCAGCCGGUCUCCAACCACCGCUGAGAAGUUCCUGAGCUUUGAGUCCGUCUCUUCCCUGCCAGAGGUGGAGCCAGACCCUGAGUCUGGGACAGAGCAGGAGGUGUUUGCUGCCAUGGAAGGUCCCAGCACUGAGGAGAUGGCCUCAGACACAGAGGCUCCAGAGGUCCUGGAAAUGCAGCUUGAUGCCCACCAGCUGCUGCUGGGACUGGACCCCCCUGGUGACAUAGUGAACUUCAUGGUGGCUGAGAGCACCGAGGACGCUAAGGCCCUGAGCAGUGAGGAGGAGGAGGAGGAGGAGGAGGAGAUAGGGGCCACCCAUGAGCCCGAGAGCCUCCUGCCUCCCUCUGUGCUGGACCAGGCCAGCGUCAUUGCUGAGCGGUUCGUUAGCAGCUUCUCUCGGCGGAGCAGCCUGGCACUGGAGGACGGCAAGUCUAGUGGCUUCGGGACCCCGAGGCUGACCAGCCGGAGCAGCAGUGUGCUCAGCCUAGAGGACAGUGAGAAGGGCCCGGCUCCAUGUGUCAGCACCACAGACUCUCUGGACUCUCAGCUCCCCCCAGAAGCGAACAUCAGUGCGGGGGUGGCCUCAGAGAGUGAACCUUCUGUCAAUGGGACAGAGCCCCUGAGCCCAGGCUGCCCAGCAGAGCCAGACAGGUCUUCUGGCAAGAAGGAAUCGAAGCUUUCUUCCCGAGACCGGCAGCUGCUGGACAAAAUCAAGAGCUACUAUGAAAACGCAGAGCACCACGAUGCCGGCUUCAGCGUCCGGCGCCGGGAGAGCCUCUCCUUCAUCCCCAAAGGGCUGGUGAGGAACUCAGUCUCCAGAAUCAACAGCCUUCCCAGGCCGGACCCCGAGCCAAUGGCUCAGCUGAGGCAUAAGAGACAGGUGGGCUCCCGGGCGGCCUCGUGGGCCCUCUUUGACCACCCGGGACCAGGCCAGACUGGUGCUGGGGACCCAGCUCCUAUCACCGAUGCCGAGUUCCGCCCAUCUUCAGAAAUUGUGAAGAUCUGGGAGGGAAUGGAGGCCCCCAAGGGAAGCCCUGGGAAGGGGCCAGGCCAAGGUCAGGCCAAUGGCUUUGACCUGCACGAGCCCCUCUUCAUCCUGGAGGAGCACGAGCUGGGGGCCAUCACUGAGGAGUCGGCCGCUAUCUCGCCAGAGAGCGCCUCCCCGACCGAGCCGCCCAGCGCGGCCCACCUUGCCUUGGAGCUGAAAGAGCUGGUCAAGGAGCUGAGCAGUGGCACCCAGGGGGAGCUGGUGACCCCGCUGCACCCCCGCAUCCUGCAGCUCUCCCACGUGAUGGACAGCCAUGUGAGCGAGCGCGUCAAGAACAAGGUCUACCAGCUGGCCCGCCAGUACAGCCUCCGGAUCAAGAGCAAGUCGGUGACAGCCAGGCCACCGCUGCAGUGGGAAAAGGUGGCUUCCACUAACCCCCAGCUGCAGGAGGAGGCUGGAGCACCACCGGGUGGCAAAGGUAAGAGGAAGCCCGUGCUGUCUCUCUUCAACCACGAGCAGCCCGUGGUCCAGGAGCACAGCCCGCCCAAGCCCGGCUCUGCCAGGGAGACGUCGCCACGGCGUUUCUCCUUCAGCCCCUUGGCCUCCAGCCCGAAGACCACCUCUCCAGGAGCCUGGCCCUUGCCCCGAAGCCCCCUCAGCCCCUUCGACACCGAGACCUUCCACUGGCCCGACGUCCGAGAACUCUGCUCCAAGUACGCCUCCCAUGAUGAGGUGCUCCCGAUCAAGGGCAGCCGGCCCCACAGCCUGCCUGUCAACCGGAGCCGCUCGCUGCCGGAGAACAUGGUGGAGCCGCCUCCUUCGGGCAGGGUGGGCCGCUGCGGCAGCCUGAACACCAGGAGGAGCCCGGCAGGCCCGGAGGCUGCCGAGCCCCAGCCUCCUGGGGGGUCGCCCCCAAACCGGCUGGCCGAAGAGGAGACCCUGUAUGUCACUGCGGACCUCAUCCUGGAGGAUAACCGGCGGGUGAUUGUCAUGGAGAAGGGGCCCCUGCCCGGCCCUGCAGCAGGGCUGGAGGCAGCGGGCGGGCAGGGACUGAGCUCACCAGCCGCCCUGGUGGGGCAGGGCCAGGAGUUCCAGGAGUCCACAGCGUGUCGGUCUAAGGACGAGAGUCCCAGGGACCCGAGGGACCCAGGCCAGCUGGGCAGAGUGAGGAGCCUGAGGGAGAAGUUCCAGGCCUUGAACUCCACAGGUUGACACUGAGGCCUGGGGAGGGAGCAGCCAGGCCGGGAGAUGGGAGGGAACUCUGGCAUCCUUGCCCACAGCCUGGGCUCACCUUGCUCACCCGAGCUCCACCCAGGGCCCUCCGAAAGGCCACCCCCGGGAGAGGGCCCUGGUGUACCCAGCGAGGGUCCUCACCUGCUGUGAAUGCGCUGGUGACUUGCCACCGGCCCGGACGAGCCCCUUUUCCCUCCGAGGCCGGUGUGGCCGCUUCCCUUGUAUAUACUUCUUCUCUGGUAAGAAGCCCAAUAUUUAAGCUCAUCUCUUCCCAGGAAGAGCAAGCCCUGCUCAGGCCUCCAGCGUCGCCUGGCCGCUGCCAGACCAAGGGCCCGCCCAGGGAACACCCAGGAAGGUGGCCUGGGGAGGCUUUGAUCUUUAACUGUGCCUUUUCUUAGGAUCCAGGCAGGAAUGAGGCCCAUAAUUUAUUGCUUUCCAUCCCGUGGUAUGUCAGGAUGCUCACGUGUGUGCGCGUGCGUGUGAAUGUGUGUGGUUUCCCCCUCCCAGGAAGAAUGUCCUAGACUCGUUCAGGUACUCCUGUGGGUUGUCUCGCUGGCCCUGUGGCUGUCACUCAUGUACACACAUUUUGUUAUUUGCCAAUGGUGUAAUAACCACUGCUGACCAACCAA